AUGAACAGGGCCAAAGAAGUGGCCCGCAACAAGGCGGCGGCCGGACGCAAGGAUGGACCAGCCGUUGGCGGGGAUCGAGCGACUCCCCUUAGCCGGGCACCGGGUCAGAUGGCAGACCCUCGCGAUCUUCUCGACCACGGUGCCAAAGCCGCGCAGCCCAAGAAUCAACCAUCCUCGGGAAUACCAGUCAAGGGGCAGCAUGGAACACCCGCCGGCGGUGAUCGAGCGACUCCCUUUGGCCAGGCCUCGGGUCAAACGGUGGACUCGCGCGACCCUCUCAACCGCGGUGCUAAAGGCGCCCAGCCCACAAAUCAACCACCAGUAAAGGCACCUGUCAAGGGGCAGACCGCUCUGCACGACGACCUAAUCGACCAAACAGACUACCUCAACCCGAAGGAGCAGGAAAAAAUCAUCACGGAGUGCAACAGGCUCCUUCAAGGGCCCAUCAACGCCGACAAUGAGCACGUCAGCCGGGAAGCCCUCCUCAAGACCAUCGUCCCCAUGACCAAGAUCGUUCAGGCUCACUGCACCAUGGCGGGCGGCGACGGCGUAUCGAAGAUGCUUGCCUCGCAGCCCAAGUGCAGCAGCCGCGGCUGUCGCGAGACUCGAGACAUGCUCAAGAAGAUUGCGGGUCAGCAAGAAACGCUCGGCAAGAUGGUGGCGGUGAACCACGACGCUGCCGCCAAGCACCUGCGUGCGAGCGCGGACGGGCAGCUGAAGGGUCUGUCGCAGGAGAAGGCGAAGCUCGUCGAGGAGAACACCAAGCUCAAGGCGGAGCUCAAGAACAAGGACGACAGCCUACUGACCCUUCAGAAGCAGCUGGGCGCCAGCUCGAACGACAAGGGCGACAAGGAGGCACUGCAGAAGAAGGGAGGGCUCGGCAGCUCGUGGUUCGGAUUCGGAGGCCAGGCUACGCACAAGGCUGAUGGAGAAGCAGGGGCGCCGGACGAGAAGCGGCAGCAGCAGGGCAAGGACAAGGUGACCAGCACCGGCCUGGCGGGAGGAGGUGGCGCCACGACCAACACCGCCGCUCUCGAAAAGCAGGUCGAGAUGUGGAAGCAAAAGGCAACCGAACACCAGAAGACGGCAGACGGCCUCAAGGAGGAGAACACCAAGCUUCGCCAAAAGCUCGACGGGACCAAGGACGGGGCGGAUGGCAUGAAGAAGGGCGGGUUCGGCGGCAUCUUCGGGAGCACAUCGCGGGCUGGUGACAAGGACGGCACUACCAAGUCGAAGGCUACACCCAACAUGGGUUCACCCCGAACGCCGUCGAUGCCCAAGAACACGUUCCAGCUCUGGGGGUCAAAGAAGGACGCCACGACCCCGGCAGCGGGGGGCCGCAAGCCGCCGCCGCCCCCUUUGACGUUGGUCCCUGGGACUUCGGCCAAGGACACGCAGCAGCAGAGCGUGCCCAACGACAAGAAGAAGACGGGUGCCGGGUUCCUGGAUACGUUACAGAAGACAGUGGCGGACACGGUGACUCAUGCGUCACAGGCGUACGGAAGUGUGCAGCAGCAAGUGCCGUGCAUGAGGCGCCACGUGGAGCCGGAGAGCUACUCGUCGUGGCUCUCUGGAGAGUUGGCGGCAUGGCGCGAGGUCAUCGUCUUCCUCUGGCUGUGGAUCUGCUUCGCCUGCGGAUCCCUCAAGGACAGGCUGUUCCGGCGCGGGGCGACGGCGUCCCGCACGGGACCGCCGCCGCCGCCGCCGCCGCCCAAGGAUCCAAAGCCGAACUCGCAACCAGCAGGCCGGCCGGGAACUCUCGACUCGAACGCGCUCGGGUUGAACAAGUCAAAGAACCCGGCAGGCGGCCGGCCGGCUGGAACCGUCGACCAGGGCGCGCUCGGGGUGAGCAAGUCCGUCCGGACGAUACGGAGGAUGCCCACGCCCCCGGCGCCGGACACGAUGCUGCGGGUGACGCGGCACCUGCUCUUGCUCAUGUCCUUGCACGCCUACUUGGAGUGCCUCGCGCAGCAGCGCAUGUGGCACCAGGCCAACAACCAGACGCGGUCGUACCUGGCCGGCCAGAUGCGCGGCAGCGCCAAGGACCCGACGACGCUGCUGGCCAUGGUCGGCCUGGACCCGACACUGUGGCUCGCUCGGCUCCGGUUCCUCGGGCUGGGGCUGGUGUUGACGUGGGACUGGACGAUCGAGCUCGCCCUCAACAUCGAGUGGCUGCGAAACCUCAUCUGCCGCUGCGCGUCGUGGGUCGUGGGCGAGAAGUGGUUCUACAAAGGCGUCUGGUGGGUGUCCGGAGGGGUGGGCGUCCGCGUCUGGUGGGCCAUGAAGGGGGUAGGGGCCCCCGUCUGGCGAGCUGCGAGAGGGCUCUGGGCACAGAUGGUGAAGCCGUAUCGCAGGCUCGGGUGGGCUGGCCGGGGCAUCGUCGUUGCGGUGCUCGUUGUCGCCGUGGGCGGCGGCGGGUGGUAUCUGGCGGCCAGGUUCGGGCUGACGGCGUGGGGCGCCAGGGCUCCCGCGCGACCUUCCCCUUGGUGGUCCCGCUUGUGCUUUUCACGGUUUGCAGGGAGGAGGCGUUGACGUUGUCUGAUAGAUGGGAUUUUGGAGUUUUUUCCUUGGCGUUUGGGCCUUGCUGGUGUGAGCGAGCGGCGUGGCUGGGCGCCUCAAUUUCUGACGUACAUUGUGAAGGGCUUCCGGGUGGAGGCCGUCACCCUCUAGUGCUGCUUCGUACGUACAACAAUAUACUGC